CGUCUGAGCGACUAGCACACCACCCGUGUGUGAUUAGAUGUGCCGACUGUAACUUUGGUCUGAAGUGGAAGAGGCAAUCAGUGCUGCUGUAACUGAGACGUCCACGCAGGGGAUAGUAUAGACGGCCCCUCACUUUGUCAACAACCGGGAGUGUGGGUAAAGCGCACACCCAUCCUGCUCAGACAACUCUUAAGGGGCCACUCAGUCGUCUAUCGGGCUACGUCGUGCUACGGCGCUAUGGACAUUCGGUCCUAGUAACUUCUCACCUGGUCAUUGCUACGUUGCAAUUACCGACAAUUCGGUAAUAUUAAUGAGGUAGCGAUCGCAGCCGUCGAAAGCUCGGAAAUUUUAUUUGGUGGACUGUAAGAUUUCUAUACAACAACCUGUACGGCCUAACAGAAGAUUGUGCCGAGUACGGGGGUGAAGGCGCCGUGUGGAAUAGGAUACUUAGGCCCAUGUUUGGACUCCAAGACACGGGACUCCAACCAAGGGGUCCCAUGGCGACUUUGAAGGAAGAACCUCUCAACACCCAGUUAGGAAGUGUCAGAGGUGGUUGGAUGCAACCCGCUAUGUUAGACCAAAAUCCAACCAGCAUCGGGUUAGGUCGUGCCCAUUUCGAAAAACAGCCUCCAUCCAACUUAAGGAAGAGCAACUUUUUCCAUUUUGUGAUUGCCCUUUAUGACAAAUCGGGACAGCCUGUCGAAGUGGAGAGAACAGCAUUUGUUGGAUUCGUCGAGAAAGACCAGGAAACAGAAGGCCAAAAAACGAACAACGGCAUCCACUAUAGACUCCAACUAUUAUAUGCCAGUGGUGUGCGGCAAGAACAGGAUCUUUACGUCCGACUCAUAGAUUCGGUCACCAAACAGGCCAUUGUCUACGAGGGGCAAGAUAAAAAUCCAGAAAUGUGCAGAGUUCUGCUGACUCACGAAAUCAUGUGCAGUCGGUGCUGUGAUAAAAAGAGCUGUGGAAAUAGAAACGAAACUCCUUCCGAUCCUGUUAUCAUUGACAGAUUUUUCCUCAAGUUCUUUCUCAAGUGCAACCAGAAUUGUCUGAAGAAUGCAGGAAAUCCACGAGAUAUGAGGAGAUUUCAGGUGGUCAUUUCGACUCAAGUCAUAGUAGAUGGACCGCUUUUAGCAGUUUCCGACAACAUGUUCGUACAUAAUAACUCUAAACAUGGCCGAAGGGCUAAAAGGCUUGAUCCUACAGAAGUUCCUUCUGCAGCCACGCCUUGCAUUAAAGCCAUCAGUCCGAGCGAAGGAUGGACUUCGGGAGGAUCCACAGUCAUCAUCAUAGGAGAUAAUUUCUUCGACGGCCUACAAGUUGUAUUUGGGACCAUGCUGGUGUGGAGCGAGUUGAUAACGUCGCACGCCAUACGAGUCCAAACCCCACCGCGACACAUACCAGGAGUCGUAGAAGUCACUUUAUCCUAUAAAUCCAAACAAUUCUGCAAAGGAGCACCCGGCAGAUUUGUCUACGUUUCUCUAAACGAACCAACGAUUGAUUACGGUUUUCAACGGCUAGCCAAGCUGAUACCUCGUCACCCGGGUGAUCCAGAAAAAUUGCCUAAGGAAAUUAUAUUGAAAAGAGCAGCCGAUCUAGCGGAAGCCUUGUACAGUAUGCCUCGAAACAACCAGCUAGCCCUUCCUGCACCCAGAUCCCCCGCCCUUAACAAUGCCACAGCUAUGUCCGGAUUCAAUGCCUAUGCCGGACAAUUGGCUGUCAAUGUUCAAGAAAACGGUGGAGAAUACGGACGAGCUCAAAGCAGCAGUGUUUCUCCGAGAGGAUACGGUUCCAACGCUUCUACUCCUCAUAGCAGCAAUGGCAGUUCCUACGGCACCGGUGCCAUGAACGGAGGUUAUGGAAGUCCUACCAAUCUAGGAAAUAUGGCAGUGCCAGGAUCACCAGGUUUAUUCAACGGUACAUCAAGAAUGGGAAGCAUUGUAUCAUCACCGUUCGCUGCAAUGAACCCAUUUGCUUUAUCAACAUGCAACGGCCAAUCGUACGGUAGCUCCAUUGUAUCAUCGGCAAAGUGACGUCACAUGGAUCACGUGAACCGUGAAAUCCAAUGAUGAUACAGGAAAAGGGUGAUUCCGUCUCUUCGCAAUCGCGCUGCAAGUCGCAAUGGUAAGCGCUCGCUCAAGAGAGAUCGUCUUGGGUCUUAAAGGUAUCCUACCUUUGCAACCCAUCAGCUCACUCGCCACCAAAACAAUGACUGUGACAACUUCCUGACCGGAAAGAGACUCCAUUUUUUGUCUUGUCGUGUAC